UUUUAUGCCUCUAGAUUGGAACUCAUCCCCACAAGUGAAGCAGGAUGUGAUCAGUGGCAAGGUACGAGGCUAUAUGAGGCUAUAAGAUGGUUCUGUGGAUGAUUGUUUUCCUCUUCAGUUCAGCAAAGAGCAAAAGCGGUAGAGUGCAGAAGUAGCACUCGUGUCUCAAAACAAGAAGGAACUUGCAAAAACCAAACAAAAGGACAAAGGCUGAUACCCCUCUAAGGUAAAAGCCAAAGAAAAGAAAUCGAAGAAUACUUCUUCAUCUAUCCAGCACUAUGUCUCGCCCUGCACACAGAAGACCAGAAUACCGUAAAAUAAACAAAGAUCUCUUUGUCCUCACCUAUGGGGCUCUGGUUGCCCAACUGUGUAAGGAUUAUGAAAAAGAUGAAGAUGUGAAUAAAUAUUUAGAUAAGAUGGGAUACGGCAUUGGAACACGGCUGGUGGAAGACUUUUUGGCUCGAUCUUGUGUGAGAAGAUGCCAUAGUUAUUCAGAAAUUAUAGACAUAAUUGCCCAGGUUGCUUUCAAGAUGUACUUGGGAAUUACACCAAGUGUGACCUGUAACAAUUCAGGCAGAAGUGAAUUUUCCCUGAUUCUAGACAAGAAUCCUCUGGUGGAGUUUGUGGAAGAGCUCCCUGCUGGACGAUCUUCUCUGUGCUACUGCAAUUUACUUUGUGGGAUUAUCAGAGGUGCCCUGGAAAUGGUUCAUUUGGCUGCUGAUGUUACAUUCUUGCAAGACAGACUAAAAGGCGACAGUGUGACAGAAAUAGGGAUAACGUUUCUGAAAAAGCUAGACGAGAAAAAAUACAGGCGGAAAAAAUGAAGAAUAGCGUGCAAAAUGCCACAGGGUGGCUAGCUGAGGAGUUAAUGUUAGCUAAACAUAUACAGCCAUUGAAAUUUUGAAUUGCUUAAUAGCAUGGGCUUUAAAAGGCUUAUAAAUCAGCCAGAAAUUUGAAAUGCAGGGCACUAGGAUUUAAAGCUGUAUUUUUUUCUUGGCUUAUAAAUCACAUAUUUGCAAUCUCAUGUCCACAGGAUUUCAUUUACAAAUAACUCCCUAUAAGAUAACGAACACGAAUUCCACAUAUUACAUAGUCCAUCCAAAGAGAGUCUACUCAUUUCACUUACUUACAGUAA